CUCGUCGCUGUGCUGGGUUAACGGGUCCUCUCCGCUUUAGCCGUUAGCCCAUUUCUAUAACGGGUGCUUAUUAAAACGUUCAGCAUGUCUGAUUCUUAAUUCAUGACAGUGUCGAUGAGCAGAAUGUUUAUUUAUAUGUUAAUGCAGUCAAAUAGCAUUUAUUCUAUAUUUUAUCUUUAUGCUUCACAUAGCUAAAUAUGCUCUCUGGCUAUCCAACGAUUCGGCUUCUAGCUUAGUUAGCUCAACAAGCUAGUCAGACUUUACCGAGCAACAGAAUUUAUAUAAUGUUUUUUGCUACCAAGUUAUAAAAUAUAACCUUAGUUGUUAGCUUGCAGUAGGGCUGCUCUCAGUAACACCGCUGGUUCGAAAUUUAUUUGAAGAACGAAACUGGUUUUGAAGCAGCUAGCUAGUUAGCUAACACCCUGCUAACCAUUUGAUUCUACUGGAAAUGGUAGACGCCCUCAUGUGCCCAUGGAGAAGGAGGCCUUCGAGGGAUGGCUGGAGUCAGUCUCCGCCUCCUUCCUGGCACUGAAUGACCAGCAGCGCAAUCAAUCACUGGACCACCUGAUUUCGCUGAGCGGUGCCGCCCAACUUCGCCACCUGUCCAAUGGCCUGGAGACACUGCUGAAGCGGGACUUCCUGCGGCUGCUGCCGCUAGAGCUGGCCUUCUACCUGCUCCGCUGGCUAGACCCGCAGACAUUACUUACCUGCUGUUUGGUGUGCAAGCAGUGGAACAAAGUCAUUAAUACUUGUACAGAAGUAUGGCAGGGUGUGUGUAGAGACCUGGGAUGGCGAAUUGAUGACUCCAUCCAGGAUGCUGCGCACUGGAAACGGGUGUACCUGAAGGCCAAGCUUCGCAUGAAGCAGCUGAAGGAGGAAAAUGCCUUUGAGACCAGCUCCCUGAUUGGGCACAGUGCCCGAGUGUAUGCGUUAUACUACAAGGAUGGUCUCCUCUGCACAGGUUCUGAUGACCUGUCAGCCAAACUGUGGGAUGUUCGCACUGGCCAGUGCAUCUACGGCAUCCAAACACACACCUGUGCAACUGUGAAGUUUGAUGAGCAGAAACUGGUGACAGGGUCUUUUGACAACACCAUUGCAUGCUGGGAGUGGAGUACAGGUGCCAAAAUUCAGCAGUUCCGUGGACACACUGGUGCAGUGUUCAGUGUAGACUACAAUGAUGAGUUGGACACGCUGGUCAGUGGUUCAGCAGAUUUUACUGUCAAAGUGUGGGCCCUGUCAGCUGGAGCCUGUCUUAACACCCUCACUGGACACACAGAGUGGGUCACUAAGGUACUCCUACAGAAAAGCCAAGUGGAGUCCAUGAUGCACAGUCCUGGUGACUACAUUUUACUGAGCGCAGAUAAAUAUGAAAUCAAGGUGUGGCCAAUAGGACGAGAGAUCAACUGCAAAUGUUUAAAGACACUAUCUGUGUCUGAGGACCGUAGUGUCUGCCUGCAGCCCCGGUUACAGUUUGAUGGCCGCUACAUUGUCUGCAGUUCAGACCUAGGUGUCUACCAGUGGGAUUUUGCCAGUUUUGAUGUCCUAAGAGUCAUCAAACCACAGCAAGACCCAGCCAGUCCUUCCUUGCUCAGCUUCGGAGAGGUGUUUGCCCUCCUGUUCGAUAACCACCACUUAUACGUCAUGGACUUGAGGACUGAGGCCAUCACUGGCCGCUGGCCGUUGCCGGCCUACCGUAAAUCCAAAAGGGGCUCCAGCUUCCUGCCAGGAAUCACUUCGUGGCUCAAUGGAUUCGAUGGCAAGAACGAUGCAGGCCUGGUGUUUGCCACCAGCAUGCCUGACCAUAGCAUUCAUCUGGUUCUGUGGAAGGAGAACGGCUAGAAAUCAGUUGCACCCCAGCUAUGAUUGACUGUAGGGACUUUGAAAAUAAGAAAAGGGUGCUCUUGAUUUCUGAAACUCGCAGCCAACUAAGUUAGAUAUUGCAUGGACCAAAGUUUUUCUUUUUCUUUCUUUUUUUCUCUCUGCUCUCUUUGCUUUUAGGUUCAAGAACAAACUGGCUCGCUCACUCUCUCUUGGUCAUGUACAGAAUCAUAUUUGCACAUUCAAACAUCAUGCAUCUAGCAGAGGAGUCUGUGGAUAUGGCAAUGGACAGAAGGUUUGACUAUAUGAGUUCAACCUGCUUUUAGUUUUAUUUGCAUACAAGUGAUUGGUAGAGAAAUAGAAACAGCAAGACAACAGGGAACCAAGCACUUGACUGAAAAGUAAUAUGUCCCACUGCGGUACAAUCACAAUUCUUGCAACAAAAAAAAAAGUUACAAAGUAAUUUGUCUGAGUAUAGUAUUUUUUCAUUAAACAAAAAAUGUAUUUGUUGGUCAAAAAUUUACUUUUGGAGUACAGGGAAAUGUUGCCUUAAUUUGUUUUACUUUUUAGAAGAGAAUUUUGCAGAUGGCCACAUGCACACGCUCUAGCUUGCAUCCCAGACAUCAGCAGUAUGUGUUCUUUUUAGGUAUUUACAUUGGUGUGAUAAACUGCAGCUUGGUUUGUAUGGAAAUCAUCAUGUUUCACUAACACUGAAUCUUUGUUUUAAAUAUUCACUUGAAAUUAGUCAUGUGCCUUUUAAAUUUUUUUUACGUAUGUGACAAAUCUUGAAAUCCAUUAAUACAACCCCUAACUUCAGUAAGAAAAGUACGUUAUUUUAUACACUUUCAUUAUUUUUAUAACCCAAUGUAACCAACACCACUAAAUGUACUAUUUACUAUAUUAUUUACACAGGCUAAUUUGCUUGAAAGUGUUUCAUGAGAAUAUUGCUCAAAAUUUUUUUUACAUCUUCAUUUUAUAAGGUUGCUCUAAUUCAGCAGAAAAUAAAAGCAAGGCUACAGUUGUAAUUUUAAAUAUAUAUUUUCCAACCCUGUAGUUCUGCAGGUCCCCGUAGAUAUAGUUUUUUUUUGCUUGAAUCAUGAGAAAACACCUGCCUAUAGCUUUUUCUGUCUUUUGGUAGCAGCCCAAGAUUUGGCACAUUUUCUUUAGUGCUUUUGCAGUUUUCUCUUAACAUCAGCUUGCGAAUAUGGAAAGCUCUUUUGGUUAUGGUGGUUGGGGAAGCUUUAAGCCAUGACACAGAAUGAAAUCAAGUAUCUGUGCAAAGGCACAUUUAUUGAUGUCAUCAAGGCUUUAAUGCUGGAACUCUGGCUUUGACCUUCAUCUGCGUAGUUGGCACAUCACUUCUUUCAAAUGUAGACCUCACUGUAACAGUCAUUUAUGCCACUGUAGACAAUAAUGCCAUCCAUUCACAAUUAGCAAAUUCCUGGUCUGUUGGUUGUAUUUAAUUAUAUGCUGUCUUUCAAAUAAAUGAAAGUAGCUGUGGGUA